AUGGCAUCCGGGUCGAAACCUUCUCACAAUGAUUAUACCGUGGCAUGGAUAUGCGCACUCCCAGUGGAGCUGGCGGCUGCCCAAGCCCUUCUGGAUGAGACCCACGAUCAGCUUCCAGCCGGACCGAAUGACGCGAAUGUUUACACACUAGGGUGCAUAUGUGGCCAUAGAAUUGUCCUCACCUGUUUACCGAGCGGUGUAUGCGGGACGAUCUCUGCAGCUGUUGUCGCGACCCAACUUUUGUCAACUUUUCAUUCCAUCCAAUUCGCCCUCCUAGUCGGUAUUGGCGGAGGCAUACCAACUAAGAAUGCGGAUGUCCGCCUUGGCGACGUAGUCGUUGCAAGACCUACUGACAAGAACGGAGGUGUCGUACAAUAUGACUUUGGCAAAGCAACAGCCGCUGGCUUUCAGCGGACAGGCAUGUUGAAUAACCCGCCCAGAUCCCUCUUGCACGCGAUCUCUAAAGUAGAAGCAAACCAUUUGUCACAUGACCGCCAAUUUGUCUCUUUUCUGUCUGAAUUCGAAAGGAGAACGACUGAACAGGGAGCCUUGGUCUUCUCGAGGCCGGUGACGGAAGACCAUCUGUAUCUUGCAGAUUACCCUCAUGCUGGCAUCCGGUCCGAUGGAUGUGCAAAUUGCGAUAAGUCAAGGACGGCUUCACGGCCUGUCCGAUGCGAUGGCUUGCCAGUGGUUCAUUAUGGAUUGAUUGCAUCAGGGAACCAAGUGAUCAAAGACAGUCACGUACGUGACAAGCUAGGGCAGGAGCUUGGGGCGUACUGUGUUGAGAUGGAAGCAGCCGGUUUGAUUAACCAUCUUCCAUGUUUGGUGAUCCGUGGCAUAUGUGACUAUGCUGAUUCACACAAGAAUGCCGCAUGGCAUGGGUAUGCUGCCGCUACGGCUGCAGCAAACUUCGCAGGCAAUUUUGUCGGUCGGGAUGUAAACCUCCGCAAGCUAUGGGAGAUCCUGCGACCGAAUAAAGGGACGGCGCGCAAAGGUGUCGUGAUACAUGGAAUGGGUGGGCUGGGCAAAACACAACUAGCAGCCCACUUCGCUCGCAUGCACAAAGAGGACUUCACAUCAAUUUUCUGGCUGCAUGGCAAGGAUGAGACUACCUUGAAUGCGUCAUUUGCAGACCUCGUUGUCCGCGUCAGAGAUAUGGCUGCAACCGACAGUACGCACCACCAUUCGAUGCAAGAAGGGCCACCUUUAUGUGCCAAAAGAGCUCUAGAGUGGCUGUCGAAGAAAAAUAACGCUGGGUGGCUUCUCAUCUACGAUGAUGUAGAAGCUGCUGACAUUAAAAGCUGGCUGCCGACUGCAGAUCAUGGCUCGAUCAUCAUCACAACUCGAUCACCGCAACUUGCUGAGGGCAUGAUCGCUCACCCACUCACGCCGCUUCCCUUUGAGGAUGCCUUGCAACUACUCACUGGCGAGCCACGCCUUAGUGACAGCACAUACGGCAUAUGCCAAGACGACCCAAGCUCGGAAGCACUAGCUAAGCGUUUGCACGGAUUACCUUUAGCACUGGCACUUGCAGGAUCCUAUAUUCACCGGACAGGUAUGAGCUGCUCCAAAUACUUGGAAUACUACCAAAGCCAAUGGUGCAGCCUUCAGGCAGCCGCUCAACCUCUUCGAGGGUACCCAAACGGAAAUUUGCAGACGGCGUGGAGAGUUUCUUAUGAGGCAGUUAAGCAAACCUCUCCACUGGCGGCACAGACCUUCUUUGUUCUUUCGCUCUUUCACCACGAGGAUAUAUGGUACGAGCUACUCCACAGCGCCAUGCAAUCCCGCAUUCUACCACCAGGGCUUUCAGAAGUUUUGUCAAACGAGAUCCAAUUCUCAAAGCUGAUGCAGAUAUUGUUGGACUUCUCCCUGGUACAACAGUCUUCGCGCAACGGGAGUUAUUGCUUACACCCUGUCAUACAAGAUUGGUGUGAGAAUGAGCUUCCGUCUAUCGAUUCAAACCUCAGUGAGCUUGGCAGAGAGACCUUUACCAUUCUCGCAGUCACAGUGGGCUCGAACGCCCAAUUUGCGCUAGACACGAACGACUGGUCGUUGCAACAGCGUCUUCUGUAUCACGCAAACAGACUCAUGCCAUUGAUGCGAGGGAAACCGAGAGAGAGUCGAGAUUCUGAGGUCCUUUCGGCACUUCAUGCAAUUGGGCGUCUGUAUUGGACGUAUGGAAGGCACGAACGAGCAGAGCAGAUGUACCAAAUGGCACUUGCUGGGAGAGAGAUGGCGUUCGGCCCUGAUCACAGAGUCACGCUCCAGACCGUCCACAACAUGGGCUUGCUGUACCACGACCGGGGAGACUUGAGAUCAGCCGAGCUGAUGUUUGAGCGGGCGCUUUCCGGAUAUAAAAACACUGAAAUUGAUGAUUCUCAACCGGAGGCGCUGGAUACCCUUCAGAGUCUUGCAAAUAUCUACCAUGCUCAGGGGAGACUGGACGAGGCCGAAAGGCUGUGCUACAAGGCACUGACGGGAUACCAAAGUUUAUCGACAGCAAGCAGUCCAUUGGUCUUAAAUGCAAUGCAUAACCUUGCAAACAUCUACUUUUCUCAAUACCGGUUACCCGCAGCAGAAGAGCUGUACGACGAAGCCUUGAGGGGCAAACAGAAAUCUUUUGGUGAAUAUCAUACGUCGACGCUAGACACAAUCCAUAACAUAGGUGUUGUCUAUUUUGAGCAAGGCCGAGGGCAGGAAGCUGAAGAAAUGUUAUUUGGGAAAGACCACGCGUCUGUAUUCGACACGCAAUUCCAACUAGGCACCCUUUAUCGCUCUCAGGGUAAAUUGAAAGCGGCCGAGGAAAUGUACCAACGCGUUUUGUUGGGACGAGAGAAGGUUCUAGGCGCUUGUCACUUCUCAACUCUUCAUACUAUCCACCAUAUUGGAAAUCUCUAUUAUAUGCAAGGCAGGCUGCAGGAAGCGGAGCAGAUGCAAGAACGAGCACUCAAUGGCUUUGACUGCACCUUUGGUCAUGACCACACCUAUACACUUGAAUUAGCCCAAACCCUGGCUGUUUUCUGUUGCCAGAGAGGGAAGCUCGAUAAGGCAGAAUCAAUGUUUCAACGCGUUCUGUCCGCUAAAGAGCAGAUUAAUGGGAAGCGCAGUGGACCGGUGCUUGCUAUCCUGAACAACCUAGCAAACGUAUACAGAGAACAGGGCAGACUCCGGGAAGCAGAAGAGACCUACAAGUUGGUCUUGGCCGAAUGGCGGAAACACAGCCCAACGCAUACUGCGGCACUCGGUGCUUUGAACAAUCUAGGUGUCGUCCACCAAGACCGGGGCCAACUGAAAGAAGCGGAGAAAAUGUUCAAAGAAUGCCUAAAUGGGUAUGAAAAAGAACUUGGUCCUAAUCAUAUCCUUACACUGGACACGGUGUCUAACUUGGGAGAUUUGUAUCGGGAUCAGCACAAGGCCCACAGGGCAAAAGAGCUUUACUUGCGCGCUCUUGCCAGCUAUGAGGAGACCUUGGGUCCCGACCAUCCGAAAACCCAAGAAACUGCAAACAAAGUCCGCUUGAUAUGUAAUCAUCCAAGCUUGACGAAGCGAGACUUUAUUGUCAGACUUUGGAAAGGGUGUCGCUGGUAA